AUGGCUGAGCCGCUACGACUCCUAACUCGAUCGGGCAACUCAUGGGCCUGGGGCUCUGAACAGCAGAUAAAAGCAACCAUUUCAAGCGAAACUUGUCUUGCCUUUUUCAGCCGUCAUCGAAAGACGGAGCUUCGUGUCGACGGGUCGCCCUUUGGGGUAGGUGCCAUACUCUGUCAAGUUCAGCAGGAUAGGACAUCGCGACCAGUGGCGUACGCUAGUCGUUCACUUGUAGAUGUAGAGCGCAGAUACAGCCAACUGGAACAAGAAGCUCUCAGCGUCAAGUUUGGCUGCCUUAAGUUCGUCCAUUACCUGAAUGGCGAUUCCAGGUUCACAGUGAUUACAGACCACAAGCCGGGCUCACAGUGA